CACCCACGCCGCGGGCCCGGGAGCCGAGGGGCGGCCCCGGCGGAUGCUGAGGUCCGCGCGCCGGGGACGACCGGGCACCUCCCCGCGGCGGCCCCGCCGCGCUCCUGCCCCCCGCGCGGAGCCCGCGCCCCCGCCGCCCCGCGCCGCCGCCGCGCUUUCCUGCUCUCCUCGCCCGCCUCUUCCGUCUCCGGAGGGAAGCGCCGCCGCCGCCGCAGCCCCGCGCAGGGCACGCGCCCUCCUCCUCCCGCGCGCCCCCGCGUCCCGCCCGGGUCUGCGGCCCCGCGUCCCGCCGCUGCGGAGGCAGCCGACGGCCCGGAGGGCGGCCGCCGCGAGGUCGGAGAUGUCCGCGGUCCUGCGGGAGCUGCUGCGGGUCUCCGAGAAGGCGGCGGACAUCGCCCGGGCGUGCCGGCAGCAGGAAGCCCUGUUCCAGCUGCUGAUCGAAGAGAAGAAGGGGGGAGAGAAGAACAAGAAGUUCGCAGUGGACUUCAAGACGCUGGCGGACGUGCUGGUGCAGGAGGUGAUCAAGCAGAGCGUGGAGGACAAGUUUCCAGGCUUGGGAAAAAAAGUUUUGGGAGAAGAAUCGAAUGAGUUCACCAAUGAUUUGGGAGAGAAGAUGAUCGUGAGGCUGUGUCCAACAGAGGAGGAGACAGCCGAGCUCCUCAGCAGGGUCCUUGGUGGCAACAAGUUGGCUUCUGAAGCGUUAGCCAGGGUUGUUCAUCAGGACGUCACCUUUGGCGACCCGGCUCUGGACGCAGUGGAGGUCGACAUUCCGCAGGACACCCUGGGGAUCUGGGUGGACCCCAUAGAUUCCACUUACCAGUACAUAAAAGGUUCUGCGGACAUUAAAUCCAACCAAGGAAUCUUCCCCAGUGGACUUCAAUGUGUCACCAUUUUAAUUGGUGUCUAUGACCUACAUACAGGGGUGCCCCUAAUGGGAGUCAUCAACCAACCUUUUGUAUCCCAAGACCUAAACACCCUCAGGCUUCGGGGCACCGAGACUCGCUGCGUUGUCAUUAGGUUGGAAAACAACGUAAGUAAUACAGACGAGUGUGACAGGCUUCCUCUCCCAACUGAAAAGCUGUCUUCCACAGGUGGAAAGGACAGUGCUACUGGGGCCUUUCUUACGAGGGGACCAACCUCCAUUCGCUUCAGCUUCCCGACCCCAAAAGAAAGAGUAGUGACACGCAGAGCCGAGGGACGGAAGACGCCGGCUCGGAGGGCGAGUGCCCGCACGGGCUUUCAGCCGUCAUCAGCACGAGUGAGAAGGACAGCGUCAGAGCCGCCGUGGCGCGUGUGUGUGGCGAGCGCGUGUUCCCGGCGGCCGGGGCCGGCUACAAGAGCCUCUGCGUUGUCCAAGGCCUGGCUGACCUGUACAUCUUCUCGGACGACACCACGUUCAAGUGGGACUCGUGCGCCGCUCACGCCAUCCUGCGGGCCCUGGGCGGGGGGAUGGUGGAUUUCAGCCGGUGCCUGCGGGCGCCCUCCGGGCCGGCGCGCGACUGGCCGCAGCUGCUGUACCACGCGGGAGACGAAGGGGCCGCCGGCGUGGAUCGCUGGGCCCACAAGGGCGGACUGGUGGCCUACAGGUCCCAGAAGCAGCUGGAGACGUUCCUGAGCCUCCUCAUCCCCAACCUCGCCCCCGAGGAUGCGCGCACGUAGCCAACUCUGUCCUCUUGUGCGCUUCAGAACCCAACCGUGAAGCAGUGUCCCGAGUCUCAUACCUUUGGGAGACAGCAUCCUCCUGUUGAUGGCCAGGCUUCUCCCCCGUCUUCUGAGGAGCAUUUUCCCCAUGAUGUGUCCGUAGGAUGUUCGUCGCGGUGAAUGAACCAUGUCCCCGCGGCAGCUACACAGCUGGGCGGGCUUUCAGCCGCGGUGUUGUGCCAUUCGUGCCGCCUGAAACACUUCAGUAAAAACCCAAAGGAAGAUUCCGGCUGCCUUAGUAUCUCUCCUCUAAGCAUCUAAAUCACGCGUAGAAUGUCGCUGAAAUAUUCGGGAGAACGUAAGAAAAAGCUGUGCUUGGGUUCUGUUUCCUGUCCUGAAGGGAAAAUCUGCAGCUUUAGCCUUUGCCAGAACAUUUAGAACCUUGAAUCUGAUGCAUAAUUUAGCCAAGUUCACGUACAUUCAGUCUCCUUCUGCUUAAAAGAAUCAUAGCCUGGAGCACUGUGUGUCCCUCCUCCUCUCGCUCACAGCCUCUCGCACACAGUGUGUGUGCACGCACGCACACACACACACACACACACACACACAAAUAUUCUCUAAUCCUAAUAUCCUCAUAGACACGCUCCAUUUCUAUCACCAAGGCAGACGGGGAUGAAGAGGUUUCUGCAAUUCUUGCAGUUUUUAAAUUUCAAAAACCGGGGUAGAGCUAAACAUAGGCAGUCCUCGUGUUUACUGGAGUCCGGCAGGAUGUCCUUUGAGGGGAAGGUGGACCUCUUUUCCUGUUCUGAGCAGCCUUGGUAAAGACCCAGGCCCCCAUCCGGAGGGAUGAACGCUCAGCUCUGAUUUCUUCCUGUCUUGCGCCCUCUGGGGGCCAAAGGGUAUUUCUGGAGCAUUUUCUAUUUCUCUGUAUUUACAAACGAAUGAAAAUGACAAACUGUUUUUGAUAGUCUGGCGUUGCAAACAGCAGAUUCAAUAAUUAUUGAUAAUCGAGUUAUAGCAUUUAAAGCCAUCGUUGUGUUUUGUGACAGAUUGUUGGCUCUCGAGCUAUAUAUUCUAAGGCUUUACAGUGUUCUCUUAAAGGUUGAUUUUAAAUAAAAGUGAGCUCAUUCUUCACAAACCGCAUUAAAAACGAAAGCCCAGAAACUAGCCCUGCUCCCUGAUAUGCGCCAGAAUGGAGAUAUGGAAUAUGUUACAGGAAAAACAUUUAUUGUCCACAUGAACAUUUUAGAGCAUGUAAAUUUUCAAUAAAAUACAGUGAAAACAGUU